UUUGCGAUUCUCAAGUCCGAUUUAUCUCCUUAUAAAACACUUUUCCCGUUUCCCAACUUCUCAGUUCCCUCCUCUCUGUUUCUAGAGAAAGUGAAACGGCUGCUGCUGAAAGUUUGGCCGGCGACGGAGAAUAGGAAGCUCUUCUUUUUCCGGUGAUCAGAGUUACCCCGAGCUCUGAGGAGCAAAAUUAUCGAGAUAUGUCUUCAGAUUGGAAGCACAAUGCCAGAUCAAAUGAUGAAGUUGUUCACACAGCAGAAGUUUUCAAUAUGGUGAAACAAGAACAAAUGAAUGUAGUUACUGAAAAAGACUGGGAAUAUCGUGCAUUGAAGGCAAGGAGAAAAGAAAGGAGAAAAGACCGUGAGAAGAAACAAGAAGACAGACCAACUUUAAUGUGGGAGACUUGGGACGAAAAAUAUGACAAAUGGCUUGUGAAACACUUCAAAGAUGAUUUGGCUUUGGAUAAUCAGAAUGAGUUAUUGUGUGAAACAGCAGAGCCAUCAUCAGAUAUGAUUGUGCCAUUGUUCAGGUACCAGAAAGAGUGGUUGUUUUGGGCACUUAAGCAAGAAGAAUCUACAUCCAAAGGGGGCAUUCUUGCUGAUGAGAUGGGAAUGGGGAAAACUAUCCAAGUGAUAGCACUUGUUCUUGCUAAACGGGAAUUAGGGAAAGCAAUUAGCAAAUCCAGUUUAUUGUCAUCUUCAUCCAGUACAAAGCAGGAACUCUCAGCAGCAAAAGGCACUCUUAUCUUAUGUCCUAUGGUUUCUGUCCUUCAGUGGGUUACUGAGAUCAAUCGAUGCACCAUGGAAGGUAGCAACAAAAUUCUUGUUUAUCAUGGUUCCAACAGAAGGAAGCUUAGCCACAAUAUUGAGGAAUAUGAUUUUGUCAUCACCACGUACUCCACUGUUGAGGCUGAAUAUAGGAAAAAUGUGAUGCGUCCAAAACAAAAGUGCAAGUGGUGUGGCAAAGCAUAUUAUGAAGAAAAGUUAUCCAUUCACAUGAAGAGGUUUUGUGGACCAGAUGGUGUUAAAACUGCCAAGCAAUCAAAGAAGCAGAGGAAGAGGUUAAAACUUGACAUGGAAUUGUUGAUGCAGAAAACAGAUUUUAUGGAGUCGGAGACUUAUAUGGAGAUAACAGAUAAUAUGGAGUCAGAGACGAAUGUGCAGAAAGAAGGUUCUACCAAGUCGGAGACUGAUAUGAAGAAAACAGGUAGUACCAAGGACAUGAAGUGUAGUAGCAUGGCAGAAAAAGGCAAAAAUAAUGGUUCUAUGGAUAAUUCAUCCAGUGUAAGUCAAAAUUUGCCACAGCAGAAGUCAAUUUUGCAUUCGGUGAAGUGGGAUCGCAUCAUCUUGGAUGAGGCUCAUUAUGUAAAAGAUAGGCGCUGCAACACGACAAAAGCUACUCUUUCUUUGAAAUCUUCUUAUAAGUGGGCCUUAAGUGGUACUCCGAUUCAGAAUCUUGUUGGAGAAUUGUAUUCACUUGUCCGUUUCCUACAAAUAGGACCCUACUCUUUUUACUUUUGCAAGGACUGUGAUUGCAGAACACUUGACUAUAGCUCUACAUCCGAGUGCCCACAAUGCCCCCACAAAUCUGUACGGCACUUUUGCUGGUGGAAUAGAUACAUUGCUACACCUAUAAAGCAUGAAGGGAGUUUUGGGGGUGGUAGAGAUGCAAUGUUCCUUUUGAAGCACAAAAUUCUAAAAAGCAUCCUACUAAGACGUAGCAAAAAAGGAAGAGCUGCUGAUCUUGCUCUUCCUCUUAAAAUUGUUACUUUGAGGAAAGAUUCUUUGGAUGUCAAAGAAGAGGACUACUACAUGUCAUUGUACAACAAAAGCCAGGCACAAUUUAAUACUUAUGUUAAAGGUGGAACGUUGAUGAACAACUACGCACACAUUUUUGAGCUGCUAACACGCCUACGGCAGGCAGUUGAUCAUCCAUACCUUGUGGUGUACUCGAGUACUGCUUUGGCUAAAAUGGCGCACUCUGGUAAUGUUGAGCAACCUUGUGGCUUAUGUCAUGAUGCAGUAGAAGAUCCAGCUGUUACUUCUUGCAUGCAUGUCUUUUGCAAGACGUGUUUGAUAGACUUUGCUGCAAGUGUUAGACAAGUGUCAUGCCCUCUGUGUUCUGAACUACUUACAGUUGACUUCACUGCAAAUAAUGACAAUGUGAAUCAGAAUUCUAAACCGACUCUCAAAGGGUUUAGGUCCUCAAGUAUACUGAACAGAAUUCAGCUGGAUGAUUUCCAGUCCAGCACUAAAAUAGAUGCUUUGAGGGAAGAAAUUAGGUUCAUGAUUGAAAGAGAUGGUUCUGCAAAAGGAAUAGUUUUCAGCCAGUUCACGUCUUUUUUGGAUUUGAUACACUAUUCUCUUCAGAAGUCGGGCAUCAAUUGUGUUCAAUUAGUUGGAUCUAUGUCUAUUGAUGCAAGAGCUGCAGCUGUUACCAGAUUUACUGAGGAUCCAGAUUGCAGGAUAUUUCUUAUGAGCUUAAAAGCUGGAAGUGUUGCACUCAAUCUUACAGUUGCAUCACAGGUUUUCAUGAUGGAUCCUUGGUGGAAUCCUGCUGUGGAGCACCAAGCCCAAGAUCGAAUCCAUCGAAUAGGGCAAUAUAAACCUGUCAGGAUUGUGAGAUUUGUGAUUGAAAAUACAGUUGAAGAGAAGAUCUUAAAGUUACAGGAGAAGAAGGAACUUGUUUUUGAAGGAAACUAUUCAACACCUUGUAAUGCCAUCUGGAAAUUGAUAACAUAUGACUUGGAGUUUUCUUUGGAAAAUGAUGGCAUAUCAUGGAGUUGUCUUUGGAAAAUGAUAGCAUAUCUUGAGUUCUCUUUGGAAAACUGGAAAAUGCCAGUCAAAUUGUUGAGCUUUACUUGGACAAGGUGGCUUGUAUGUUUGAAGUGUCUCAGACCACCCGUCUGGUCAGGUUGUUAUAAAAUCUUGCCAAUAUUUGGGAGCUGUAGAAGUUGGUGUGGCUGUUGUGUGCUCUUUGCUUCCUCUUGUUGCAAGCCAAAUUGUUCUGCCAACUUCAUUAAUAUACUUCUGUUGGAGGCAGUGUCGAUCAUUCUUCAAUAAUUUCCGGAGAAAAACUCUAUGAUGAUUUUCCCCUGAAAGAUGUCAGGACAAUUGGAGGCUCUUCAGAGGCCUUUGGAAAGCUAACUGAAGCAGACUUGAAAUUCUUAUUCGCAAGUUAAAUUGGUUAAUAUUUUGCUCUUUAGUUUAAGAAGCAGAUUUACUUGUAUUUUUUGCUUUUACGACAAAGUUUGUUUAUAGACUAGUCGUCUGCUGCCCGUGCAAUGUAUAUAUAAUAUACUUGUGAAUUUAGCCAUUUCCAUUUUGGAUUGUCCAGGGAAUUGCUUUUGCAUCACCAUGAUUAGCUUAUGAUCUUAUUCCA